AUGGCAUCCGAAAGUAGUAACACUUCCCCGUUCCCAUACAUUGUUCAGUCACAGCAAGGGAGAGGUCCCCAUCUUGAGGCGCAACCUGGCCUCCAGCAAGGCCUACUGGGCAUGACAACUGUAAGCGAAACUUCUCCGUCUUCUCCCUAUACACAGGGAUUUCAUAUUCAAGGCAGCUACGGCCCGCAGAGAGGCCCACUUGUUGGUUCAGAGGCUUAUAACAAUGAUGAGAGGCCCUACACAUCCUCAAUGCAACUGCGCAUGUCACCACCAUAUAUUGGCGUUGAACCAUAUACAGCGGCGGAGGGCACCUGGUCUGGACCUAUCGUGACUGGAAAUAUGGAUUCAUUUGGAUCCAGUGCUGUUCCAGCCUUAUCUGCACAUCCUUGCUCAUCCUCAACCCCAUGCCUAGACCCAACUGUCACGAUCUCGGGGUUAGCAGCGUCUGCCGGUUCAUCGAUACUUCAACAACCUUUACUUCAAAGCAAUCAGCCAAGUUCAGACCAUCAGCAUUCUUCACCCCUUCUGGGAUCUGUGCGACAAAAAAGGCAACUCGAACCAGCGGAGACGUGGGGACCACAAGGGUGGCUUCAGAAGAGAUUGAGGGGGGAUACGGCUUCAGUAGAGUCCCCACCUAUGCCCACAUUGGAGUUCAGAGACCUGCAGGCAUCAGAAGAGGUGUUUGGUGGGUUCAGCAUUGCGUGGUGGGACACUCCUGAGGCGGACGCCGACGACCGGCUGACGAAAGCUAUUGAAGGUGUUCCCCAUGAGUGGCUUCCACCUCCUUUGGACACUUCUGCGCUCAGUCCAGGUUUAAGCGGAGAUGGAGUAAGCUUACCAGUUGCAUCUGCCUGGCAAGAGGAAGCUGGGGAACCGAGUGGUUCAGCGUCGGCUCCUGGACAAUUGUUGCACAAUUAUGAAGCUAUCCAGUGCUCUUACUCUGCAUGCACUGGCCAAACUACGAAUGUUUCCUCCGCCUCACUCUCUGAAAGCUACGGUCCACAACCGGGAACUUCGGCGCAAGUUGUUCAGACCCAAAACGCUUUCUACAAGCUUCCGCAGGUGGACGCAAGCGCGCUUCUGGACGUGUUCUCCAUUAAGUCGGCAUUUACGUACAGCAGUAGUCUGAAGGAAUGGGAGACGUUUAUGGUGUACAUUGAUGCAACCCUUUCAAAGGAAAGUCUUUCUGAUAGCGAAGCGAACGGGCUGCUUCGUAUCUGCGAACGGCUUGUAGGCCAUGCGUACCACUUCCAAAGGACAGCGGUCUCAGAUCUAUCACCCGCCAAUGCUGUACCGGUCUUGGGGGUUCGGUAUUUGAUCCUGGAGUCACUAUUGCAUGCAUCGCAAGUUCUGGGGGGGGCGAUGCAAACCUCACAGUGGUGGCAGAAGCUCGUUGACAAGAUUCCUUCGAGUGUGGAUUUUGAUCCAGUAGAGUACCCCCAGCGUCGCUGCCGAGAUUAUGCACUUCUAGCAUUGAAACUGAGUUCAGCAAUAGAGUCGUUGAAACAAGGCAUGCGGCUACGACCAGCUGAAGCUGCCUCCCUCAAGAAUGAGCUGUUAUGCAAAAAAACGUGCCAUCGAGCGUUCAGGCGCUCCUUUUACGACAACUGGCGUUGUGAGAACGGGAGGACAAAAGGUGACAACGCGGAUUAA